AUGCCUACACAUCCCACUGACGAGCGCGACCCAAACCCUCACAAGAUGGACACCAAAACGACGCCAGACCCGACUGAAGCCGGACUUCAAGAAUCAUCCAGCAGCGUUUUAGAAAGCUUCCGCCUCCUGCGGACGAUCGUCACACGCCACGAAGCCACCAUCCAGAGACGUUGGAUCCGGAAGAAGAACCGGCAACGCGUCGAGAUCCUCCAGCGAGCAUACCCAACCAUGCCCAAGAGACACCGCCCUGAAAUCCCAGCUAUGGAGCUCGCACAACGCAAAUUGGCCGCCGCAGCAAUGAAUCCGUCCAGAGGCGUCAGAGCGAGUGGCUUCUCCGCUUUGCUUCAACACCAGCCGGUCUGGGACGCAGUGAUGCUGCCCUCUCUGAACGAGGAAGAUCUUGCUCAACCCAGAAAUCUCCUGCUCCUGCUCAACGCGAGAGCCCGCAACCAUCCCUGCAAGUUUGCCUGUCUGGAUGCCGGCAAUUUCGACACUGGCCGCAACAAGGCAGACGGCGAGCAAAGCGGAAGGCUGGUCCUUCUUCUUGACGAGGAGAAAUACGGCACCGUCGUCGACAGCAUCGCCGUGCCGCCGCCGCUCAACGAGCUGCGGAACGACAUCCACUUCGGUCCGGUGGAAGCUUCCCACGUUCUGAAGAUGCAAGACCGAAUGAUGAAAUUUCUCGUCGCCUGCUGCCGAGAAAUUCUUCACGACGUGCCCGGGGAGCGUCUCAUCAAUGACCAGCUGCCUGUCCCCGAGGAGCCGAAUCUCGACCUCCAACCGGACAAAAAUCGGUUCGCCUCGCCCUGCCACAUGGUUCAAGAGUCGCCAUACCUUGUUCCCUCCGAUAUCGACACGGACCGCAUCGAAUCAAUUCUUGGCGCAUGCGUUGCCUCUGCAGAGGACCACAUCUGGGCACUCCGGCAGGACCCGGGGUACUUCAAGAUGUGGUGGCGGGAGGAGAUGGACCAUGAUCCUCAAUCUCUCCAAGGCCUUCGAGAGGCAAAACGGAAAGUGAAUUCUGCCCCCGGCACACUCAAAACUGCCAAUAAAUGCUUACCGAACGCCACACAGCUAGCAGAGAUGAUGGUCGCCGCCUACAUGCAGUUUGAGGUCUUUGCACUCCUCCACGACUGCGCCAAAGAGGUACGUAUGCUCCGUAAGAAGUAUGCUCCGUCCAUCUCGGCGCUCAAAGACCUGCCACAGCCCCUUUUCGAAGCCCUCAUCAAGUUCCACAAGCAUCUUCGGGCAAUGGCCUACGCCUUCGUCUCAAGGAUCUGGGAUGCCAUGCCUGCCUCGCCGCCGCUCCGACGAUUUUUCACGGCGAGCACUAACGAUAGCGGAUCUCAUCAUGUCGAGUUGAAGAUGUCGGUAGAUAAAACAACUGCCGAGUACAAACUCGUGAGGACGCUCAGUAACCUGAGAGACGGCUGUCUCCAGGUGGUGGGACUUCCUACUCUUUCCGCACGGCUGGAUGAAGUGGCACUUCUCUUGCAUAACGACCCACGAGCUCAUGGACUCCUCUCACCUCUCAUGCACAGGUACAUGGGCGAUUUAUCCGUCGUAUUUCAAUGUGUCAACCAGCUCCAGAUGUAUUAUCCGUGGUCUAGGAUUUUCGAUGCCGAGAUGGCCAAGAUGAAGCCCCGUCCCGUUGAAGCCAUGAUGUCCAAUGCAUUGAGGGCGGCACUGAUCGAGGAACUAGUGACGCAACAACCGCACUUCUGUGACCCGACUCAUCAACAGUUUGAGUACCCGUCCACCAAAAGAAGGUCCGAGGAGACUGUCAAUGCUAUGAUCCGAGCGGAGAAGACCGUUGACACCAUUUGGCAGUGUUUUGACCGCCUCGCCGACAACUACAUCCCUUUAUCCGACGCCUCUCCCUUUCGGCGCCUUGAGCAGAUGCCAAGCACCAUACACAGAACCCCAGAAUGGACAUCCACCGAACUCUCAGCGCCAGUCUCCGAAGCGCCGAGUCCAUGCAUUCCUGAGACUGCAUCAGCCCCGGAACCCACGAGGAAUGUAUAUCUUGAUCAUGAUAAUGAUGCCACAAAGAACUCAGGUUAUCGACUUGAAAAGAAAGUCAAGAUCAAGACCAGAGGCCAGGCCGCGGAACCGACGGAUAAGGCACCAAGCCCUCCCGACACAGAAGCAGAUGAAGAUGCACUGACACCCGUACAGAUUCCAGUAAGCCAACGCGCGAUGAAAGUGUUCCGCAAACUCUUCUUUGACCCCGAGUUUGGGACGGGAAGUGGAGAGUUGGCAUGGAAAGACUUUGUCUACGCAAUGACCGGCCCGGGCCUCUUUUCAGCAGAGCAAUUGUACGGAUCAGCCUGGGGGUUUUCGCGAGACGGCGACCCAGGUUCAAGCGUGGGGAGGAGCAGGAUGCUGUUUCACCAGCCACAUCCCAGUAACAAGAUGAGCAUCGAGAUCGCUCGAUCGAUUGGUGGGAGGCUCCAGAGGCAUUUUGGGUGGGAUAUCAAUACAUUUGUUUUGAGCAAGUAG